GUUGGAGCUCAGUUGAAGGGUCUGGACAGCUGAGGGAAUGGGCUGCCCUCGGGUUGAGCCAGUGUCAGAUAAUAGCAGACUGACUGUGACUCUAAAUCCUCUUUCCAGGCUAGAAACCAGAACUACUGCUAGAAGGAAGAUCCACUUUUUUGUUGGUUUGCAGCCCCUAAAAGGCUCUCCACACUUGCCUGCCAGUAAUUAUGGCUUUGCCUACGAAUUCCAUAGACGAGCCCAGGAUCUACCAGCAGACGCUGCUUCAGGACGGCCUGUAUGACCUACUGGAGAAUGACAAGCUGGUUGACUGUGUGCUGAAGAUCAAAGACAAGGAGUUCCCCUGCCACCGGCUGGUCCUGUGCGCCUGCAGCGCGUACUUCCGUGCUAUCUUUCUGUCAGACCUCGAUGAAAGCAAGAAGAGAGAGAUUGUCCUGGAGGAUGUGGAGCCGGGGGUCAUGGGGCUGAUCCUCAAGUACCUGUACACCUCCAAAAUCAAUGUCACAGAGCAAAACGUCCAGGACAUCUUUGCAGUGGCUAAUAUGUACCAGAUCCCGUCAAUUUUCACUGUAUGUGUCUCUUUCCUUCAAAAGCGCCUGAGCCUUAGUAACUGUCUGGCUGUCUUCAGACUUGGCCUGAUGCUGGACUGUCCCAGGUUGGCUGUCUCUGCCAGAAACUUUGCCUGUGAACGAUUCCAGCUCAUCUCCAGAGACGAGGACUUCCUCAACCUGCUCCCCAGUGAGCUGGCGGCCAUUUUAACAAAUGACAACCUGAAUGUAGAGAAAGAAGAGGUCGUGUUCGAAGCUCUGAUGAACUGGGUGUCCCAGGACACAGAGAACAGAGAGAAGGAGCUGCCAGGUUUGCUGGACUGCGUUCGUUUGCGUCUGGUCACUGAGAAUUACCUGAAAGAAAAGGUGGAGAAACACAAACUGAUCUCCUCAAACCCCGAGUUACAGGAGAAACUCCAGCUGGUUAAAGAUGCUCAGGCUGGGAAAAUGCCUGAGGUUAAAAAAAGCAAGAAGGAAAGUGGUGGAGCAGACAAAGAUGGCGAGGCAGAGGUUAACGAGGAGGAGGAAGAAGGUCUUCUACCGAGCAUACUGAACGAUAACCUGAGAUUUGGCAUGUUCGCCAGGGAUUUAAUACUGAUGGUGAACGACACAGGGGCCGUGGCCUACGACCCGUCAGAGAACGACUGCUUUGUAGCAUCACUUUCCAACCAGGUCCCCAAGAACCACAUCAGCCUGGUCACCAAGGAGAACCAGAUCUUUGUGGCAGGAGGAUUAUUCUUUGAUGAGCAGAACAAGGAGGAUCCACUGUGCUCCUACUUCCUGCAGUAUGACCCGGUCACUGCCGAUUGGCUGGGGAUGCCUCCUGUCCCGUCUCCCCGCUUCCUGUUUGGGCUGGCAGAGGCAGAGAACUGCAUCUUUGUGCUGGGAGGGAAGGAGCUGAAGGAUCAGGAGCACACACUGGACUCAGUUCUGGUCUAUGACCGAGAAUCUUUUAAAUGGGGUGAAUCGGAACCAAUUCCUUAUCCGGUCUAUGGACAUGCAACAAUAUCCCUCAAUGGUAUUGUCUACGUGAUUGGAGGAAAGGGGGACAACAAGAGCUGUCUAUUGAAGAUGUGUGCAUAUGAUGCCAAGAGAUUUGAGUGGAAGGAGCUUCCACCCAUGAAGACCGCACGCUCUUUGUUUGGAGCCACCGUUCAUAAUAACAAAAUAUACGUGGCAGCAGGAGUCACCGACGAUGGCCUGACAGACUCUGUGGAGGUGUACGAUAUCGCUACCAACAAGUGGUCAGACUUCACAGUGUUUCCUCAGGAGCGCAGCUCUCUGAACCUGGUGUCUUUAGCCGGUCGUCUCUACGCUUUGGGAGGUUUUGCCAUGUUUCCUGUGGAGGACAGCGAAAGUGACUUUGUUCCCAAAGAGAUGAACGACGUCUGGAGGUAUAACGAGACCGAGCAGAAGUGGGACGGGAUCCUCAGAGACAUCCAGUACGCUUCAGGGGCCACGAUUCUGGGGGUCCGCCUCAACACCCUGCGUCUCACCAAGAUGUAAAACCACUGUCCACAGUUCGAGGACAAAUGCAGUCACAGUCACGUCCUACAUAAGCACAUGUGUUAUUUUUGAUUGUACAACCACUUGUGAGUCUGGACUAAUGACAGUUUUGGUUUGUUUUUUAAAAAAAAUCAAAAACAUUUUUAUAUGUAUUUCAUCGAUUGACUCUGUUUGUCAAAUUGUAAACAAUAUGAAGUUGGCUGACUUUUUUUUGCACUAAAUGAAAUAAAAUGUACAUGUUUAACACCA